AAUAUUGGAAGCUAUUCAUGGUACUUACAACCACAUCUCCACUUUCUCAUGAUUCCUUGUUCUCGUUCGGUCAGGAGAGUGAUACGCUUUCUCCUGGCGCAGAUUUCACAACAUUCGACACAGACAAAUGCAAAGUGGGCGUAGGUAUCUGUUAUGACAUCCGCUUUCCGGAAAUGGGGCACAUCUACGCAGACCAAGGCUGUGAUCUGGUGGUCUACCCUGGAGCAUUCAACAUGACCACAGGACCAGCGCAUUGGGAACUGCUGCAGAGAGCACGGGCGGUUGACAACCAGAUGUACGUAGCUGGAGUGUGUGGUUCGCGGGAUGAGAAUGGGCCGUAUGUGGCAUAUGGCCACUCCACAGUGGUUGAUCCAUGGGGAACAGUAGUAGCGACGACUGAGCAUGACGCCACCAUUGUGUAUGCUGAUAUUGACCCUGCCCGCGUGGCAGAGGUUAGAACUUCGGUACCUACCACCUCACAGCGACGAUUGGACCUCUACACACGCGCCAAGGCGUUGUAGACAGGAUAUGUGAACACAUGUACACACACACACAAGGGUGUGGUUAUGGAUAGCACUCGCCCGGUUAUGCCGAUGCACAUGUAAGUAGUUUAUCACAUUGAAUCAUGUGUUGUGUUCAUAGGAAGUAGUUUAACACACAGACGACGGGACGUCCUUUCAGCGACUUUGGUAUAAGACUAGCAAACUCGGCAAGUCAAUAAAUUGUGGCGGAGAGACAUCCGGUCACCAGGCACCAAUGCAACGUACCAGCGGAGAAGCCAAGCAGAAACACUUGCGACAUGCAAGUGUUAGUUGUAACACGUAUACACAUACACACAUACACACGUACACUUAGUGAUCUGGUUGCGUUUCGAUUCGAUACAUUUCAACGCACGUCUGUGACGGGUACAAAUCAGGUGCACACACUGAUCAAAACUCUGUUGUACGCACGUCACUCACAUUCCGAUCACACAGUUUAAUGGCACUGUUUUGUGGAGCAUCAGCAAUGCGGUGCAUCAUUUGUCAUUCUACAACUACGUGAUGGCAAACUAUUAGAACUCCUUGUAUAAGUUUAAAUUAUUCAACAAAGC